AUUUUUGACGUGUUUUUAUCAACUUUACACAAAUAAUAAAAAUGAACGUAAAUUUAAGUAUUCGUUUCGAAUAUUUAUAAAUACUCAUUUUCUACUUCAUUAAAUUGUGAAAUAUCAUCAUUUUACUGUUUGUCAUUAAGAUAUGUUAGUGUAUAUACCAAUUAAGAACAAUGAAAUCAUUCAAAUUAAUAGUUCAUCAGCCUAGCUUCAGUACUGAAGAUCUCAUAAUAAAUUUAAAAGAUUAUCCGGGGCUAAAAGAGAAAGAUAUAGUUGAAAUUUAUCACCCAGAAAAUGACUACCCUCGAUUGCUUUUACAAGUUACGAAAGUUGACGCUCCAGGUAGAGGCAGAGAUACGAUCAGUGUGGAACAUAGCAUAGCAACAACAUUUCAAUUAAGAACAUUUGCUGAUGUUUACGUUAAUAUUGUCAAUGUUGCUGAUGUGGCUUUGGAUUCUGUUGAACUUACAUUCAAAGAUCAGUACAUGGGAAGAUCAGAAAUGUGGAGGCUAAAAAAUCAUCUAGUAAGCACAUGUGUAUACAUAAACAAGAAAAUAGAAUACUGUGGUGGAGCAAUAAGAUGUCAAGUGUAUGAAAUGUGGUCUCAAGGUGACAGAGUUGCCUGUGGAGUAAUUACAGAAGACACUAAAAUUGUGUUCCGAUCGUCCACAUCCAUGGUCUACCUCUUCAUACAAAUGUCUUCAGAAAUGUGGGAUUUUGAUAUACAUGGUGAUUUGUAUUUUGAAAAGGCUGUUAAUGGAUUCCUUGCUGACCUUUUUGCUAAGUGGAAGAAAAAUGGCAGCAAUCAUGAAGUGACAAUAGUCCUAUUUUCAAGGACAUUUUAUAAAGCUAAAACAUUGGAAGAAUUUCCACAACACAUGAAAGAAUGUUUACAAAAAGACUACAGGGGCAGAUUUUAUGAAGAUUUCUAUAGAGUUGCUGUACAAAACGAAAGGUACGAGGAUUGGUCAAAUGUUUUACUUCAAUUGAGAAGACUUUUUACUGACUAUCAGAAAAUUGUACUGCAGUAUCACGAGAGACCUAAUAUGGAUAUACCCACAGCAAUCAACUCAACAGCAGCUCAAGGAAAUUUUCUUGAAGUUCUCAAUAUGAGUUUAAAUGUAUUUGAAAAGCAUUAUCUGGACAGGUGCUUCGAUCGUACGGGUCAGCUAAGCGUGGUCAUUACCCCCGGUGUAGGAGUAUUCGAAGUAGACAGAGAACUGACCAAUGUAACAAAACAAAGAAUCAUAGACAAUGGUGUUGGAAGCGACUUGGUCUGUGUUGGAGAACAACCGUUACAUGCAGUACCACUACUAAAGUUUCACAAUAAAGACAGCAAUCUCAACUCAAUAGACGACUAUUCAAUGCCUCACUGGAUCAACUUGUCAUUCUAUUCCACAAAUAAAAAGGUUGCAUAUUCCAAUUUCAUUCCGAGAAUAAAAUUGCCGCCACGAAAAAGUCAAGAACCGUUGAAGAAAAUGUAUGAAGAUGAAAGUAAAGGGAAGCUUUUGAAAGAGGAUGAAUAUAUGCACAAUUCGAUUUUUGAUUACGAUGCGUAUGACGCACAAGUUUUUCAGUUGCCCCCUGCCCAUAGUACAUGUGUUCAAAAAGUGGCAAGAACGAAAAAAACAUCAGUUGCGGGUCUAGAAGGCAUAAGUAGGAAAAGUCCACCUGCAUCUAUCAUUCAUCAAAGGAAAAUGUCUGAUCCAGACAUACAUCACAGCCUUGGUGACAUUUUCAGUAAUUGCAGUAAAUACUCAAAUGAAACGGGCAGCGAUGCGACAGACUCAGCGAUAUCUAUAAGCCGUCUAUCCCCUCGGAGUUCCAUAACCAGCCACAAGCCGGUAAUACGCACGGGAAGAGCGUUGAUUAACCCGUUCGAUCCGUCGCACGUUACUGUGAAAUUGACGAGUAAUAGACGCAGGUGGACGCAUAUUUUUCCAAAAGGUCCAACGGGUGUGCUAAUACAGCAGCAUCACUACCAAGCGCGGCCGGCGGGCGAGCCCGCGUCCACACGGCACGAACGUUGCGAUCAUGAUGUCAGUAAUAAGGAGAAUGGAUCGACGAUUAACAAUAAUCACUCCGUGUAUCAGGUUGAUGGUAACAUAAUGAGCAGCAGAAAGCGGCUUAUAAGCACGUCAGGUGCGUUAAGUGUCCUCGGCACUAUAGUGGGCACUCCAUCGACAACUAAUAAUGCAUCGUUGGCCCUUCUGUGGGGGGCCACGGGAGAACAGGAGUGGACACCCGCCUUGACUACCGCGAAUCGAGCAAUAGGAGUGGAUUGGAAGUCCCUGACCAUACCGGCUUGUUUACCGAUAACAACUGAUUAUUUUCCCGACAAACGUUCGCUACAAAAUGAUUAUUUAGUGUCGGACUAUAAUCUUUUGCCUGACGAUGUGAACGCUGAUUUUGCACAAAACAGAGCUAUUUAUAAAGAACCGUUGACCACUAUGGAGGUUUUCAAAGAACUCGUCUCGCAGAGAUUGGCACAGGGAUUUCAACUGAUCGUCGGAGUAAAUGAAAAUGAAGUGAUAGAAUCUCACUGUCCCUCCACACACACACCUCCGCCAUCGAAAGUGGCGCCGCAGUGCGGAAAGCCCGCGAACUCCGCACCCACUAAACGAUACUUGCUCUCUAUUGGUCGGAUAUUCCAUAAACUGACGUUGGUCGGGUCUACUAUUACUGUCACCAGAUAUAGACCGAGGCAUCCAUAUCCUCCGUUCAACAUCCACUACCGCUAUCGCUUCCACGCGCCAAACCACGAUACAUAUGAAGUGUCCUGGGUCGCCUUCACUACGGAGAAGUUGGAAAACUACAACUGGAACUAUAUGGACCAUUAUAUUUGUACAAGAGGAGAUACAGAUUUUUCUCUUGUUGAGCCAUUAAAAUAUUGGCGGUUCCGUACACUCCUAUUACCGCUCAACAAUCCAGCCACAAAGCAAAUAUUGGAAGACGAGUCGACGCACUGUGACGUGUACCCGACACCCACACGACAUGACUUAGAUCAUCUCACCGAAGGAUUCCUCAAAAUGACCGAAUCUUAUUUCAAUAAGGUCAAACGACCUCAUAAACAAAGGAUGGCGGCUGCGGCGUGCAACGCGUCGGAUUCCGCGCUCACACGCAGGCGACACUCCACGUCCAUCCUCACGCGGAACGCCCAGCAGGGCGGUGUGUCGAGCUCUCCGUUCAGAGAGCGCGUCGGCAGCACGCGACUCCCCGACCGACCGCGCCUUCGGAUCGAGGCUAUGGCCGCAGCUAAAGCUGUUUUAGAGAGGACACAAUCUCAAACGGGUGAAAGUGAAGACGCGUAUGAUGAUGGGGUUAUUGAGCCAAAGUUAAAAUCGAAUGCGACGAUAUCCGAAAUAAGAGAUCGCAUGCGUCACCCAACACUCGGUGUGGGCUUCCUACAACAAACUGUGAGCUUACCAUCGCAUGCAUUUGUUUCAAUAUACGCCAUUCACUGGCUUCAAGCUAACAUGGAAAACGUCACUUAUGAAAAGGCAACUAGCCUUAUGGAGAAAUUACUUCAUGAAAAAAUGAUUUGUCAUGCGUCUGGUGAUAUGUUGGAACGAUUUGUUGUAGGCUAUUAUAUGUACCAUAUUCUUCCACAAAAGAAAGAUGAGGAAAGAGAAUUAACAGAUUACGUGAAACCACUGGGUGAUCUGCAAAGUUUUGAAAAUGAAUGGAUGGAGGUAGAGGUAUUGGGUCCACGGUCACCAAUCCUUCGUUCAGAAACUAACAGCGGCGCGAUAGACAUAUCUGGCUCUAGUCCCGUGGUUGAUGAUUCUGGAAUCCCUGCUUUCCUCUGUGAUCAUAUUGACCCUAAUUAUAUGCAAUUGGGGAAUGGUGACAUGCCCCUAUACAAGAACACGCACUUGGACAUAGACGUGAACAACAAGAGCGAUCGUAUCGAAUGGGGUCACGCACGUUACCAGGCAACCUUCCGCCCGGACCAGGCCUACGAGAUGUGCAUCCAGUGGGCCGUGGCCAGCGGGAACAUUGUCGCUGAACUGAUCUUUGGUUGGGCAAGAAAAGCGCAGAGUUGUCGUUUGCAAAUGGUCCCAAUCCCGGCGGACCCAUUAGCAUUGCCGUUCACUGAAAAAUCCGACCCUUUACGAGGACCCAUUUAUGUGCCAUUAAAUGAAGAACCAUUGCUUAGAGGAAAAAGCGCUUUGUUUGAAGGAUUCCCCGAAGAAGAAUGGGCGGAGCGUCUCUUCCUAUUCCAAGAGGCAAUAGUCGGUCGAUUCGGUUUCAUCAAGUGUACAGUAGAAAGUACAUCACACGCGGCCGGAGUUGGGGACCACUUAUAUGUACAUGUCACUGGGAAUAUGUUCAUUUUGAUACCUACCACUGUGAAAUCGGAACAGAGGGCCUUGAGGAAACCUAUCAAUAAACCUUUGAAUGCGAGCAGAUAUCCCGUACAUUCUGAAGCCGCUCCGAGUCCCCAUGAGGGAUACAUCACGCGACAUGUAAGCGGUAAAAAUAAGGACGAUUAUGACAACAGCCGACGGAUGGGAUUCCUAUGGUCUUGGAAUCACAUGAUAUCCAAGAAAUGGAAGUGGUCUCAAACAACGGCCACAGGAGAUGAAGCUUUCCAAAUGAGAAUGUUGCGUGACUUCAAACAUUUUUGCGCAAAUCAGGAGCAAAGACUUAGCCUAUUUUGGGAUCAGUGUUGGGAAAUACAGGAGAGAGCCAAAGGAAUUAUAUGCUAAUUUUUAUUGUUUUUAAUAAACUGUUAUUUAAAA